AACACUUAUCGAAGUCUCGACCUUCUCGUACUACUUCAACCAUAAAGCUUUACAACCACACCGACCUUCAUCAUACCAGUUUUGUUGCGCCGGCUCAACACUAGGAGCAACAUCGUUCACCUCUUUUCUCACUACUCCCCAUAAUUAUAGUCGAAACUGCCAAUAUGUCAGCGCACGUCGAAGUGGUCUCUACGGACCUGAGGAGGACGAAGGUCAAAGUUACGCCCGGAACCUAUCUGAUCGAUGUUCUGGGAGAAGCCUGUCAAAAGUUCAACCUGAACAGUGACAAAUACCAACUUAAACACAAGCAAAAGCUCAUUGAUCUGUCUGGUCCGUUUCGGACGUCAGGUCUCGCGCCAGGCGCCAAGCUCGAACUCGUUCAAAAGUCUAAGAGCGCAGCAGUUGUAUCGAUAGCCCUCGAUGUUAACGGUCAACGGUACACGAAGAAGCUAUCCAGCGACAUGACGCUGUGGCAAAUCAUGCGGCAGUUCGAGGUUGCGGAGCAGGGGUUAAACCUGACCGGCAGAGGCACACCUAAGAGCAGUACCGGCCCUCAGGGAACCAGCGGCCAGUUAUACUUCGAGGCGCCAGUGGUGAACAUCAUGGGCAGGGAGUACACUUCGAUGGAGGAUCUACAGAAGACGCUGUCCCAAUGCGGUAUCAAUUCUGGCAACAUCGUUCUGCGGGUUUCCUUCCGCGACACCGACAAGACCCUGUAUGAGGCGAUGCAGGAUAUCGGCCAAUAUCUCAAGGAAGUGGAACCAGAUCAACCGAAGACACAGGCAGGCGAACCUUCAGCACCAGCGACUGGGUCAGCACCGGCGAUAGAGGAACCUAUAGAAGAUCUGACUCUAGCUGCGGGCCCGAAGCCCGUCAAGGAGAGUACGUUGGCAGAGCCAGAACUACAGGUAGGCUCUGCAGAGGCAGCCAAAGCCGCGGUCCCGGUUACCCCUGCUGCGGAACCGGUUCCGAAGACCGAUCCGAUGGACAUCGUCGAUGAGGUGGUUGCUGCUCCUCCUGUUCCUCCUACGGAGACCACUACCAGCGAACUCAGCGACCCGCUCGAACCUACGGGCGUUUUCAAUGCCCCGUCCUCUACCACUCCCCUCGCCGCCCGGGUCCAGGUAGACGAUUCCGUGUAUGAGCCAACCAUCGCCCAUGCUCAGCUACGGCAACAACAGCUUCUGCAACGGGCGCAAAACCAACGGCUCAAAUCCGACGCUGAGCUGGCGGCUGAUGCGGCUGAGGAAGCAGCUCGGCUCGCCAAGAUCACGCGGGUUGAUAUCAAGGUCCGUUUCCCGGACCAGACAUCAGCGCAGUGGACAGUCACACCAGAGCACACUGGUGCUUUCCUAUACCAGGCGGUCAAAGGAGUCAUGGCCCAUCCUGACCAGCCUUUCCGCCUAAUCCUCCCGGGCACGCAUCCGAUCGUUGUGGUUCAAGAUGGCAACAAGAGGCUGGUGGCGGACUAUAAGCUCCGGGGAAGAGCACUGUUGAAUCUUGUAUGGGAUGAUGCGGCGUCGGAGGAGGCGCGCAAGUCGCCAUUCUUAAAGGGCAGUGUGGCUAGCCGAGCGCAGGAGGUGGUUGUGCCGGACGUCGCACAGGAGGACGGCGAAGAUGAGAAGGAAGUCCAAGCUGGACCGUCGUCGUCGAGCGGCCAAGAAGUGAAGCGGAAGGGUGAUCAUGGUCUGGAUUCUGAUGCUGUCAAGAAGAAGUUGGGGAAGUUGUUCAAGCUGCCUGGUAGGAAAUGAGCAGCUCGCGACGACCUUGAUGGACGAUGCUUCCACGGUUUUGUGCUUCCGAGUUGUACAGGCUUUCUAGUAGCAGCCAUCUGUAUUGUUGGGCGUUCCCUGGGAGGUAGCUGUACAGGGACUGGAUAGGGAGUAGAUAAUGUGACAGCGCUUCUAUAACAACGCACAGUCUAUAUGGAAACGAGAAGUAGCAAAGCGUAAUCGACAUACAAUACACAAUGCUAAUGGUGCAAAGCAAAGUUG